UUCACUGUGGAGGCUGAGCAAACCACAUACAAGUCAGAGUUUGGAGGACACGUUGUAAUGGGCUGCAAGUUCAAUCCAAAACCAUCACAUCCUGACCUUGAUGUGAAGGUGACCUGGUACUGGACUGCUGCCAACCCGUAUCAGGAAGUGAUCCGGAUCGACAAGAGAACGGAGUACUCUGCGUCUUCGAAGUAUCGGGGUCGGGUGAAGUUUCUUAUGAAUGAGCUGGAGAACGGCUGGGCAAAGUUGCAGUUGUCCAAUCUCAGGAUCAAUGACUCAGGGACUUACCAGUGUUUGGUUCAAACAGCAGAAGGAACUGACUAUAAAACCAUAACUUUGUCAGUUGGAGCUGCUUAUAAAUCAGUAACUAAACGUAUUGAGAGGACUGGAGAGAAAGAUACGGUUCUGUUGACCUGCCAGUCUGAAGGAUACCCUGAGUCCGCUGUUGUGUGGGAGGAUGGACACCAGCAGACGCACCAUACUGUCAACACAACUGCAUCAGUACCAGACCCCAUUUUUAAAAUCACCAGUCAGAUACAAGUCAGCUCAUCAGAGAAAAACAACUACACCUGUACCUUUGUAAAUGAUGGCUACUCUACAACAUUUCACAUUCCAGAUGAAAUACCACGUGUUGAUGGAAAAAAUGACGCUGUCAUCAUUGUAGUGAGCAUAAUGGUAAUAAUGACAGGCAUUAUUGUCGGAGUGCUCGCAUACCGUCGACGUAAAGAGACCAGUCCUCCCAGCACCACAAGCUACCUUGCCUAUGAUCGCGACAUGUCUCCAUCUACAUCCACCUACUUAAAAAGUGAUCAAGAAAAUGAGGACAAAGAAACAACUGUCUAUGAAGGUGAGAUGGAGGAAAAUCUGGGGUUGUAUCUGAAAACGUAUUAUUCUGAACACAUCCUCAGCAAGGAGAUGAGACAGCACUGUGAAAGUUUCAGUGUGGAGGAGCUGCUUCAAAGGCUGCAUAACAAUGAGGGCCACCCUGUGACUCUUCAAGAUGUACUCCCAGAAGCUGGCGAGGUGGUUUUACUCGAGGGAACCCCAGAAAGUGGAAAGGCAUCCAUUACCCACCUCCUAAUGUUGUCCUGGACCGAGGGGCCCACACAGUCGGCUUCUAACUCCCUUGACCUCAGCAGAGUUGAGGUUUUCAUAUAUGUCAACUGCAGCAAAGUUAAAGGAGAACUGUUUCAAGAGAUAAUAGCUCAGGUCUCUCUCAGCGAAAAGAUAUCAACAAAGGAACUGCAGACUAUGUUAUCCAGGUCCAGAAAGUCUCUGCUGUUGCUGGACGGAUACAGAGAAGGAGACAACUCUUUUGACGAGUCCCUGAGGAGCUUUCUAAGUGAAAGAGGAAAUUGCAAGGUGCUGAUCACAACCUGCUCAGGGCAGUGUCCAACACUUAAGCAGACACUGGGGUCAGACAGAGUGCUGAGUCUUCAAAUACAUUAUGCCAAGUACUGAGGAUACAUAUACUUGUAAAUAAGCACUUUUUUUUCAGCUAGAAGAACUGUGGUGUCUGUUGGUAUGUUUAUUUUUUUGGAAGCAUGAACUCAUUUUAAAGCCAAAAUAUGCUGCAAAAUGCACUGAACAUGAUACACAGUAUG